GGGAAAAUUCCUUGCGUCGUUGCUGUUCCUUGCAGUGGUUGGAGGCAGCCACUCCCUGAGCUUCCAAGAAAAAUAUGACAUUUGGAGCGCCGAUCAGUUGCCAGGUUUUAUGAUCCAACCCACUGUGCUGGAUGGAAGGCGAUGCUACUGCAAGGUCCCUGAAAUAACAACCACUACGACCACAACACCGCCAACAACAACUACAUCAACUACAACAUCUACCACGACGACUGCCACUACCACCUCUACAACGUCUACAAGCACAACCUCUACGUCUACUUCAACUACGACAUCAACGUCCACUUCUACAUCCACAUCAACAUCUACUUCUACCACAACAUCUACAUCCACUUCUACCACAACAUCUACAUCUACUUCUACCACAACGUCUACAUCUACUUCUACCACAACAUCUACAUCUACUUCUACCACCACAUCAACAUCCACUUCUACCACAACAUCUACAUCCACUUCUACCACAACAUCUACAUCUACAACAGAAACAACAACAUCAACUUCAACAACAUCAACUACAACUGUGGACUACUGCGGAGCUUGUGACAAAUCGCUAACAGUGACAACAAGUCAAUUUCCCAGCAAUGGUACUGUUUACUCCACUACUUGGUUAACGCCAAACUAUCCUGAACAGUACCCUGAUGGUUGCACUUGUACAUUUACCUUCACUCUCAAAGGAAAGGGGUUCGUGCAACUUAGUUUCGAAUCUGAUGACAAGAUUUUCACCGAUUCCAAUUGUUUGAUUGACUACUUGCUAAUUACUGGAGACAUAAAAAAUGUGAACGAUAAACACAUCUGCGUCCUGGGCAACGAACAGGGAUACAUGAUGUCCUCCAGCAUCACCUCAACACUGAGUUUCACUGCUACGUUCGUGUCCUCCUGCGACGACAACUGCGCUGUGGAGAAGGGCUUCAAAAUGACUGUGUGGUUCCAGACCAUGUAGGAGUGGUGAAGUAGAUCCAAAGAAUCUAAUGCUUCGCCAAAAAGCUGACGGAGAAGGAACACUGUAUGGUUUUGGAACACAUCGUACGAUUAUGUGGAAUGGAAACACAAAUUCCAAUUCGUGGCCCUUGCUUUCCUUAUGUAUACACCUAUAUACAGCGACAGAUUUAUGUUGAUAUAUACAACAAGUAUUCGGCAAUAUAUAGACUGGGUGAAGUGACGAUGAAAUAUAACUCACAAAAGCAAAAGAGAGAUCAUAUGCAUUACAUUAUCGUUAUUUGCACCUCUGGCCAUGGAUAUUGGACUAGUUUUCGUCUUUCAGGUGAUGUAAAAUUGCAUAAAUAUCCGAAUAAAACCAUUUGUACUUAUUAGAACACCCAAGUGGAUGUUAAUUCUCCUUUAUAUCUAAAAACAGUAGCAGAAUCAUUGUUGAAGUUGUAUUUUCUUUUUUUCUUUUUUAAUUCACCACCUCUUAACUUAUGAACAAUGACGUUCAGAAAUUUCGGUUCAACCAAUCUUCGAAUCCUUUGUUAAAUCAGCCGAUUAAUCACUGCACUAUAGCCCAGUGGGGGAACUACGGCAAUACCAACAUAAGAACUAUCCAAA